UGGUUUGUUUAGGCUUGUAAAAGAAAUGCGUGAGUGAUAUCCUUUAUGACCUACUUUCUACUACUUUGUUCAGAGAAUAAUGGAGCACCACUCUAUUUUAGUGAGGCAGUAGUACUCUCUCAUUGGUCGACAGAAUAAAUUUUUGGUCAAUCUUUGCCUCUUAGUGAACCAUGGGGCAUGAUCAUCAGAUCAAAAAAUAGGGUUUUUAUAAUUAGAAGGAUCGAUGAAGAAACGGCAAGUGGUGGUGAAGAAGGAUUGCUCAUCAGGCAGAAGCUCGAGUACUACAUCAUCUUCGGUGGUUAGAACUGUACGGUACGCAGAGUGUCAGAAGAAUCAUGCGGCAAAUAUUGGAGGGUAUGCGGUGGAUGGGUGCAGGGAGUUCAUGGCGAGCGGUGAGGAUGGCUCAAAUGGUGCCCUUUCAUGCGCUGCCUGCGGCUGCCACCGGAAUUUCCAUCGGAGGGAAGUGGAAACUGAGGUAGUUUGUGAGUAUUCUCCACCUAAUUCCCGUCGUUAAAUAGCCUAAAAUUGAGUGAAUAGAGAGAGAGAGAGAGAGCGCGAGAGAGAGUGUGUGUGAAGGUUUCUUGUGUGAAAUUACAGAUUGUUAAUGUCAUGAUCAUCGAUAUAUAAUAUAAUAGUUGUAAAUUUUCAUCAACAGAUUUGACUCUUUCGCAAAGGGAAAAUCGACCUCUAAGUCUUGUGUUAUUGAUCUUAAAGAUAUUGAGAAAUCAAACUUCAGGAGACUAGUACUACUGCUUUCGUUCUUCAAAGGAUCAAUAUUGAUGAAGGCCAGAAAUCUUCCUCUUUCUCUAUAUCUUCUCUCUUUUUAACCUUUAUUAAUCCUCUUGUUAUGAUCUCAACGCAGUUCCUAGCUAGCUAGAUUAAUGGAAGAAAAACAAAUUCUUCAGUAGUACUAAUUAAAAUUAGCCAGUUUCAUCAGCAACCGCUAUGUAUAAUAUAUACGAGGGGAAUUUUGUAGCCGAGGCUUUAUGGAUGA